AUGUCUUUUAUAACUGAUCAUAAUUCCUUACUAUCAUCUCAUUCCUGUCGUGUAUGUCUAGAUAAAAAUUAUAUUGGGGGAAUUAAUCUUGAUCAAAACAAAUAUAUCUUAGAAUUGUUUGAAUAUUGUUUUGGUUUCAAUGUAAAAAUCCAAUAUUCACCAAAGAUAUUGUGUUAUAAAUGCGCUGAAACUAUUCAAGAUUAUGCCAAAUUUAAGAAAAAAUGUGUAGAAUCUGAAAUUUUUUGGAAUUCUUUUGAUAGUAAUUACACCAUUAACAAUGGCGAUUCAGAAAAAGUAGAAAUUAAAAUAGAGAAAGUUAAUUAUGAAGAAUUAAAUGACUUUUCACAUAAUAAAGGUUUAGUAGAAACAAUUGAUUAUACAUCUGAAGAUUCUCAAGAACAUAGCAAAUCACAUUUAAAUAUGAAUAAAGAUUGUUUAUAUGAGAAUAAUAAGAAAAUUGAACAUAAAGUUACCAAGAAAUUUGAGUGUCAUAAAUGCAAAAAACAAUAUUCUAAACAAAGCUGGCUUUACCAACACAUGAAGAAAUUGUGCUAUAAAGGAAAGCAUAAAAAAAUCAUAAUCCCAAAAAAAGUUGUGGAAAAGGAAGAAGAUACUGAAAACGCAAAGUUAAGUUCCAAAUGUGGAUUGUGCAAUGUAAGUAAUUGUCGUGAUUUAAAGGAGCAUUUGGAUGACCAUUACUCAAAUAACGAUUUAAAGUGUCAAAUAUGUUUAUAUACUGGUAGGGAUUUUGCUGAUAUGAUAACUCACAGAUUUGAACAUUGUCCCGAAAGGAAAUUAUUUUGUCACAUUUGUGAUAAAAAGAAGGCAUCGAUUUUAUCUCUGCAGUUCCAUUUUAGAUCUUUCCAUUUACAAACACCCGGUGGACUUUGUUCAGUUUGCAAUAAAACGUUUAAAAAAUUCAAAACAUGGAAAAGACAUGAACGGCUACAUAAUGAAAAUAGUUUGUUUGUUUGCGACCAUUGUGGAAGGAAAUUUGUAUUCAGGCAUGAAAUCAAAUCACAUUUAAUUCAUCAUACGGAUGUAAGGCAGUAUGUUUGUGAAACCUGCGGAAAGGGGUUUAAGAGAAUGUGGGGCUUAAAGGACCACAUCGAAAACGUCCACAGUUCAGCGCAACCAGUGAAAUGCGAGCAUUGCAACAAAAUAUACAAGAGCCAAAGCAAAUUAGAACUCCAUAUGAGAAAUAUAAGUAAAGAUAAGCCGUUCGUUUGCGAAGUCUGUUCCAAAAAGUUUGUAUCAGAGAAAGUAUUAAAGAAGCAUAUGUUUUGGCACACGGGCGAGAGGCCUUUUACUUGCAGGAUUUGUGGUUCGAAAUACAAAGCUAAAGGCCAGUUAAAUCUUCAUAUGAGAAAUCACACCGGUGUAAUGCCGCAUAAAUGUAUAAACUGUGGUAAAGGAUUCCCGAAUUCCUACCAAUUAAAAAGACAUAGAAGUGUACACACCGGGGUUAGAGCUCAUAAAUGCGAAAAAUGUGAACGUUCUUUCCAUGAAAAAAAGGCUUUAUUGGAACACGCGUCGCAGCAUAAUAGUACAGAUGAUGUCAAAACAGAGACU